CACUCGGAGCCCACUUAAAAAUAGCCUCCCUCAGCCUGGCCCGGGAGAGGCCCAGCGAUGGCUGCCGUGUGCCUCCCCCCCACCCAGUUCCACCCUGUCCAUGGGGCCAACGUCUGCGUUGACCCUUCCCGCACCCAGGCGACCCGAGUGGAGAGCUUUGCCAACGGCCUGUGCUUCAGCCACGAGCCCCUGGCCCCCGGACAGGUCUUCCUGGUGGAGAUCGAGGAAAAGGAGCUGGGCUGGUGUGGCCACCUGCGUGUGGGACUGACAGCCCAUGAUCCUUGCAGCCUGGACGUGGUGCCCGAGUACUCGCUGCCCGACCUGGUCAACCUCGGGGACAGUUGGGUGUUUGCCAUCACCCGCAACCACAACCGGGUCACUCCGAACGGUGCUGAGGACCUGGCAUCGGCUAGGGUGCGGGGCUUCCUCUCCAGCCCCUACCUGCUCAUAGAGCAAGUCAGGAUCCCCCGGGACAAGCUGGUGGGCCGCAGCAGGCCUGGCCGAUACAGCCACAUCCUGGACGACUUGUACAAGGCCAACGUGCUCCCUGCGACAGCCCGGAAGAGUCGGAUCGGGGUGCUCUACACGCUGCAGCCGGGUGGGACGGCCGACAUGCACAUCAUCAUCAACGGGGAGGACAUGGGGCCCAGCGCCAGGGGCCUGCCUGCCUCUCGCCCCCUCUACGCUGUGGUCGACAUCUUUGCCUCCACCAAGAGCGUCCGAGUCAUCCAGCUGGAAUAUGGCUUCCCCUCCCUGCAAACCCUCUGCCGGCUGGUCAUCCAGAAACACAUUGUCCACCGGUUGGCAAUUGACGGGCUCAACCUUCCUCCGGUGCUGAAGAACUUCUGCAAAUAUGAGUGACGUGACCAGUGCUUUUGUGGGUGCACUGCACUAGCGCCUUGCUAAGUAGCAUUUCUGGGACUUGAUUGAUUCAGGGAAUUCAUGACCACCAGCAAACGACGGUGAACCCACGCUACAACCCUCCUCCAUCGAAAAAUGCAACGUGGGCUUCACAUCCAG